UUCUCGUUCUUCUUCUUUUCCCUAAUCAAACAGUAAGAAAAUCCGUCCUGCCGGUUACCCAGGCCACGUUACCAAAUGUCACAAGUCUUCAAGCCCGGCCCGCCCUCGCUGGCCAACGACGACUCCAUGCUUUCGCGCAGAUUCGGCAAGGAGACAUUCAACUACUACGGCGGCGGGCUGUUGAACCGCUUCUCUUUCCUGCGCAACGACAUCAAAUUCAUCCGGCAGGCGGCAACAGCACCCACAACAAAGUUCGUAGCACUGCGCGACCUCAACCCGCUGAUUGAAGAUGCGCGACGACUGGCCUUUUUCGGACUCAACGAUGUGAAGCCACUGAUUGGGGCGGAUCCGUUUGGGCGGUCCGACGAGGAGAAGAAGACCGCUUUCGACUCUACGAAGCUGAGCCCGACGCUGCUGUUCCUGGGCUUGUUGCCGGAUACACCGCAAGGGGUGGAUUUCGAGACGACCAAGCACGGGGUGGUCAAUGGACAGCCGUACUUUGCGCUGGAUGUGUCGCCUCAGGGGAGCUUUGCGGAGGCUGCCGAUGAGUUUGUAAAGGCAGCCGAGGCUAAGGGAUAUUCAGUGCAGACGAAUGUGCGGACCAUGACACUGGAUCCUGAAGGAGCCGCCGUCCUCGCACAGGCCCGCUCGCUCAUCGACUGGAACGUCCGCAACCGCUUCUGCGCCGGCUGCGGCAGCCUCAACCUCUCCGUCGAGUCCGGCUACAAGCGAGUCUGCCCGCCCACAGACUUCGCUGGCGGCUCCGAGCCCACGGCCCGCGCCGACUGUCCCACGCGCCACGGUAUCUCCAACGUGUGCUUCCCUCGUACCGAUCCCACCAUGAUUGUUGCCGUCGUCUCUAGCGACGGCAAGCGCAUGCUGCUCGGUCGUCAGAGCCGCUGGCCGCCAAAGUGGCACAGCACUCUGGCUGGUUUCAUCGAGCCCGGCGAAUCCAUUGAGGAUUCCGUGCGCCGUGAGGUUUGGGAGGAGGCUGGUGUUCGAGUUGGCCGCGUUACCAUCCAGUCCAGCCAGCCCUGGCCGUAUCCAUCGAGUCUGAUGAUUGGUGCCAUUGCGCAGGCACUGCCCGAUGGCGAGGACAUUGCCCUGCUGGACAAGGAGCUGGAGAGCGCCAGUUGGUUCACGUUUGAAGAGGUCCGGGAGGCGCUUAAGAAUGGCACCAGUGCGCUGGGCGAUCCUGCGCCUGAGGGAUACUCGGGCCCGUUGUUUGUGCCGCCUUCACAGGCUAUUGCUCACCAGCUGAUGCUGGCCGUGGUGGAUGGAUACUUGGAUCCGGCUCCGAAGAUGUAGGUCGACAUAUUUUUGUAGAGUACGAGUUUUACAGCGAGCAGGCAAGAGGGAAAAUAAAUAGAAUAAACAUGU